AUGGAUCAGAUAUCCUUCGCCACUAAUCUAACUCCUAAUAAUUACGCGGAAAUCCAGAACGAGAGCAUCCAGCUCCCGGACGAGGUCGACGAUGCGGACGGCGACACCGCCAUCCCAGAGACAUACAGUCAGCGCUUCCCGGCAGCGAAUCCGGACGGCAAGGCGAAGACAAUGGCUCGCCGUAGGAACAGGAAGCCCGACGGCCAUGUAGGCAGGCCGCCCAACUCCUUCAUGCUCUUCCGCGCCGAUUUCGUUAACAAGGGCCGCCUGCCCGCUUCCAUGUCCAAUCUCAAUACGCAGGCGCAGCUCGGCAAGAUCAUUGCCCAAGUUUGGCACGGCCUCCCGGAGGAGGAACGGCGCGUGUGGAAACGGCGCGCAGCGAUCGAGAAGGCCAAGCACGCAGUCGCCCACCCAGAUUAUCAGUACAGACCGACGCACGCGAAGAAGAAGAGGGAUUCGGACUCGGCGGAGGUCGAGGAGAUUCCUGACAAACCGCCCAAGGCCAGGAAGACCAAGGCGUCCUCUAAGAAACCCACGAAUGUGAAAGCGGAUAACGUGCCCGGAGCACAAGUAUUGUCUUUCCAGGACGAUCGAGACGAAUACGGCUCGACGCCGGAGCGAGACAGUCCAGGCCCCAGGGGAGGACAAAGACCCCAUGUCCCAUGCCCGAGGGUCAUUCCUGUACCACAUAUCGACGGUCCGAACCGGCGACCAGGUGUGGCACGGGUCAUCAGCAUGCCUCAAAACCGCCAUCCCAAUGACCCCUCUUCGAGUUACUAUGAUCAAGCGCACGACCAAGCCGUUCGCGCCUCCAUGGCUCGACCUCAGUAUCGUAGCCGCCUCAAUGAUCACAUCAUGCAGCUCGUCGGGCGCGGCCUCAGCGCUGAAGAGAUUGAGUCCGAGGCUGCCGCUUGGGAAAGACGUGAAGCAGCGAGCGGCAACGGUGCCGAUGCCGCAACUGCGUAUUCCGACAGCCCCAGCGAAUCCGAGUACGACACGGAAGACGACGAGGACACCGCAGACCGCAGCGUAAGCAGGUACCGCCUUGUCCCGGUGUCCACGCACAGUUCCUUCCAGCCGCGCGAAUCCUUCGCGCGCGGGGAGCCUGUGGCGCCGCGGGGCGAUUCCGAGCCGAGGCGGAGGACCACGGACUCGCCGCAGCCCAUGGACCAGGAUGAGCCGUGGUCGCCCGCGCCGCCGCCGUCGCCACCACCGUCUGCGCCCUCGCCCAUCGGCCGCCGCGAGUCCGCCCCGACCGUCCUGCAUCGCUUGGAUCCCGCGCCGCAAGCGCGUCUCUCGGCUACCUGGUACGACGGGACGGGUCAUCUGUCCCUCCCGCCGCCUUCUAUGCCUACUCGUCGUAUCGUGCAGCCCUCGAAUCUGCCGCCUCCGGUAUUCCGUCCUGUCUUUGGUGCUGCGUCGACUUCUACUUCACCUGGGCCGAAGCCGAUGUCGGUGUCGCCUCCGCCGAUGGUCCAGCGCCUAAGGCAGGAGGUACCGCCACAUGUGCAAGCACAGCGUAGCCGGAGCAUGCCCUUCCUCCCAGCACCGCUCAAGGCAGGGGAAGCGCCGCCUCCCGCAGAGCCAGAGGUCUCCGUGCGGCUGCCCUCGUUCUCGGAAGGCUUCUCGUCAUUCUGCGUGUAG